AACAGAGAGGAGACCGCGGCCAGUUGGGCAGUUUGUCGGCUGAAGAAAACCUGAAAAUGAGUCACCUGAAAGAGCGCUUCGUGACCCUGCUCCAUGAAAAGAACUGUGUGACGGACCAGUUGGCAACGUUGGAGCAAAAAUCCGGAGUGAAGAGAGAGUUUAUCGUUUUGGGUGUUCUUGGUAUCAUCGGCCUCUACCUUCUGUUUGGAUAUGGAGCCUCCUUACUCUGCAACUUGAUUGGCUUCAUUUAUCCUGCAUACUUCUCCAUCAAGGCCAUUGAGAGCAGUGUUAAAGAGGACGACACGCAGUGGCUCACCUACUGGGUUGUUUAUGGGCUUUUCAGCAUAGUGGAAGCCUUCUCCGACAUCUUCCUCUUCUGGUUCCCCUUUUACUAUGCUGGCAAGUGCCUCUUCUUGAUCUGGUGUAUGGCUCCGGUGACAUGGAACGGUUCUGACAUCUUGUACACGCGUGUGAUUCGGCCGUUUUUCUUGAAACACCAGGCUACCAUGGACACCAUGGUCAACGAUCUGAGUGGCAAGGCUAAGAACCUCACUGAGACCGUCGCAAAGGAGGCUGUUAACCGGGCCCUCGGCCAUGAGAAGAAUCAGUAAGAACCAUGGAAGGCUUUGUGUGUGUGUGUAUUUGUUUGUCGUCCACCUUUUUGUUUGUUUGCGUCUUUUCAUGUUGGGAGAUGCUGAUGAACCCGCUCUUCAUGGUGAACUGAAGGCUCCUGAAAAUAAAACGUUUGUGCAGCCUCGUGGGUUUACUGCCAUCACCACUGCGAGGACACUUAAUGAACUGUGACCAUUCUGUGUGAUCUUAUUGUCUUUGUUGUGACUAUGGAUAAGAAGAAUAUGAUUAUAGCAAAAAAAAAUCCUAAAUUAAUAAUGUUUGCUUGCACACUUUAGACACUUGAGGUACAAUCAUUGUUGAAAACCAAAUUCACGAAUGAAGAAGUUCGUUAUCUCAGGACAUUUGAUGAUCUCAUUUUCCUUCAAAUCUGUUUAUAAACCUCGUUCUUACUUUGAUAAUCAGGUAAUCAUUAUGUUCUUACAAGCCUUGUUCUCAUGUGUGCCAGGCACAGUUCAGUCUGAGGUACUAAAACUUUUACCAGUAACUGGAAAACUUUGAAUUUGUCUUAAUUUAUGAUAGUAUGCCUGUAUUGAUAAAAAAUAAACUGGAAC